AUGGUCGGGCCUCUAUGCCGGCUGCGGUUGGUGGCCCACCUCCUUCGCGCCAGAGGGGGGCCGGGAGCGGCCCCGGGGCCCCGGCGUGCAAGCGGAGAGGCGCAUGGCCCAUUUCGUUACCGCCAAUUCCCAGAGCUUACACGGUCCCAGAUAAUAAAGGGUGAACUGCUCAGUGGCUUCAUGUGGUUCUGGAUCCUGUGGCACUUUUGGCACAACUCUGACCUUGUGCUGGGCCACUUCCCUUAUCCAGACCCUUCAAAGUGGACAGAUGAAGAACUGGGAAUCCCUCCUGAUGAUGAAUAGUCAACUUGAAUAAUCUGUUCUGAGUAGGUUUAAAAUAGUAA